CCACUCUCCCUGCUCCAUAUCCAUUUAUCUCCAGCGCUGAAAUUCAGCCACCGUCGCCGUCGCGCCGUGCUCUCCGGUCUGCCGCAAUACGGACGCUCGGGUACAUCUAGCACUUAUGCACUUUCUUUAGAGCGGUUGAGAAGUCCUACCACUUCCGACAUAGCCUUCGCUGUCAUACGCUGGGAAACCGUCGUUAUCUCGAGAACAGAGAAUCAGAAACAAGUCAUGGACCUUCGAGCUCCAUGUAAUGUCUGCAUUACGGUUAGCCACAGACCUGCACCGUCAAAGCAGUUAUUUACCAAAAGCAAAACAUGCAUUCCAUUGAAACGCCAGAAAUUGAAGUCAGAGCUCCAGACCUCUGUUGCAGCCAACAGAGAUAGCCAGUCUCCGUCAGUUCCCACCCACAAAGUCACAGUGCACGACCGACAGCGUGGCGUUGUGCAUGAAUUUUUCGUCCCUGAGGACCAAUAUAUAUUGCACACUGCAGAAGAUCAGGAUAUAAGGCUACCCUUUGCUUGUAGGCAUGGUUGUUGCACCAGUUGCGCUGUCCGUGUCAAGUCUGGGCAAUUGAGGCAGCCUGAAGCAUUAGGGAUAUCUGCUGAACUGAAAGAUAAGGGGUAUGCACUUCUUUGUGUGGGCUUCCCAUCAUCCGACUUGGAGGUUGAGACACAAGAUGAGGAUGAGGUGUACUGGCUGCAGUUUGGAAGAUAUUUUGCUCGAGGACCUGUUGAAAGAGACGACUAUGCAUUGGAAUUGGCCAUGGGAGAUGAGUAAGCCUUGUCUUUGCUUCUUGUCUCUUUUGAUGAAGAUGGUCGUAUAUUGAGAAGCUCUAGUGUAUAAUAUUCCCUGUGUUUUCUUUUCUGAUACAUUACUUUGUUACCAAUUUCUGUAACUAACUCUGCGCCUCAGUAGAAGAAUGUUUAUGUUUCCCGAACAGUUUUGGCUUAGACAUGAAUGAGAAGUAUCGGUCGAUGUUGCUCA